AUGAACAACGGAAAAAGGAGGAGGGAGGUGGAGGAGAAGAACGUUUUGAAUCCACCUCAUCUUCUUGCCAAGUGUCAGAAGGAAACAGAGUUUGGAGCUCAAACUCUGGCUGUAGUCGACACUCCAGGUCUGUUUGACACCGUCCAAUCUAAUGAUGUGAUAAAAUUAGAGAUCUCUAAGUGCAUCUCCUUCUCUGCUCCUGGUCCUCAUGUGUUCCUGGUGGUGAUCCAGGCAGGAAGAUUCACUGAAGAAGAACAGCAAACAGUGAGACUCAUCCAGGAGCUGUUUGGAGAGAAUUCAGCAGAAUACACCAUGGCCCUGUUCACCUGUGGAGACGAUCUGGAGGAAGACGGCAAGUCCAUAGAAGACAUAAUAGAAGGAAACCCAGCUCUGAAGAAGUUCAUCAGUCAGUGUCGGGGAGAAUAUCAUGUUUUUAACAACAGAUCCAAGGAUCAUUCUCAGGUCAAAGAGCUUCUGAUAAAGAUCAACACUCUGGUUCAGAGGAAUGGGGAAAAAUGCUUCACCAACGAGAUGUUACAGGAAGCUGAGAAAGCCAUAAAAGAGAAGCAAGUACAGCUUAUGAAAGCAUAUCCACAAAUGAUGGCUGUAGAUGCUGUAGAUGGAAGAAAACAGGCUGAAGGAGACAACUCGCUCCUUGAUAUGGGGAAGGGGGCUGCAAUGGGAGCUGUACUGGGUCCAGAAGGAGCUGUUGCUGGAGCUGCUAUUGGAGCUGCUGUGGGAGCCAUAGAGAAAUGUUUUGUGUUUUAUCUUCCCACAGGUAAAGAGGACGAUCACCUCAGGAUGGUCCUGGUUGGAAAAACUGGAGCUGGAAAGAGUGCAGCAGGAAACACCAUCAUCGGAAGUAGAUGUUUUGAAUCCACCUCAUCUGCUGCUUCUGUGACAGCAGAGUGUAGGAAGGAAAGAGGAAAGUUUGGAGCUCAAACUCUGGCUGUAGUCGACACUCCAGGUCUGUUUGACACUGUCCAAUCUAAUGAUGUGAUAAAAUUAGAGAUCGCUAAGUGCAUCUCCUUCUCUGCUCCUGGUCCUCAUGUGUUCCUGGUGGUGAUCCAGGCAGGAAGAUUCACUGAAGAAGAAAAGCAAACAGUGAGACUCAUCCAGGAGCUGUUUGGAGAGAAGUCAUCAGAAUACACCAUGGCCCUGUUCACCCGUGGAGACGAUCUGGAGGAAGACGGAAAGUCCAUAGAAGACAUAAUAGAAGGAAACCCAGCUCUGAAGAACUUCAUCAGUCAGUGUCGGGGAGAAUAUCAUGUUUUUAACAACAGAUCCAAGGAUCGUUCUCAGGUUGAGGAGCUUCUGAUAAAGAUCAACACUCUGGUUCAGAGGAACGGAGGAAGAUGCUUCACCAACGACAUGCUGCAGGAAGCUGAGAAAGCCAUAAAAGAGAAGCAAGAAGAGCUGAUGAGAAAAAAUCCAGACAUGACGGCUGAAGAUGCAAGAAAAGAGGCUGAAGGAGAAAACUCUUUCAUUAAAACUGUUGGUUUGGGGGCUGCAAUUGGAGCUCUUGCAGGUCCAGCUGGAGCUGCUGCUGGAGCUCUUGUUGGAACUGCUGUGGCAGGUAUACAGAAAUUAGUGAAAGGGAAGACAUGUGUCAUCCAGUUGGCUCAUCAAGCCAACUACGAGCAGCUGGGCAGCUCCACAGCUGAGACGAGUCCCAAUCAGCGCAAUAUAAAAGCCUGGCUCUCAUCAUGGCUCUCUGUGGGAUCAUUACCUCACGCCUCACGCCUCACGCCACACGCCUCACGCCUCACGCCUCACGCCUCACGCCACACACGCCUCACGCCACACGCCUCACGCCACACGCCACACGCCUCACGCCACACGCCUCACGCCACACGCCACACGCCUCACGCCUCACGCCACACGCCUCACGCCACACGCCUCACGCCUCACGCCUCACGCCACACGCCACACGCCUCACGCCACACGCCACACGCCUCACGCCACACGCCACACGCCUCACGCCACACGCCUCACGCCACACGCCACACGCCUCACGCCUCACGCCACACGCCUCACGCCUCACGCCUCACGCCUCACGCCACACGCCUCACGCCACACGCCACACGCCACACGCCUCACGCCACACGCCACACGCCUCACGCCACACGCCACACGCCACACGCCUCACGCCACACGCCUCACGCCUCACGCCUCACGCCACACGCCUCACGCCACACGCCUCACGCCACACGCCACACGCCACACGCCACACGCCGUACCUUCUGCACCUUCCGCUCUCCACUGCAAGUUCACUGCUGUCUGGAUUACGGACUACCUUGCCUGCUCUUCGACCAUCGCCAUAACCCCCACCUUCGGCCCCCUCAGCUCAGCUCUCCACCUCCAGAAAUUAGUUCAGAUCAACGAAGAAACAGGUGGAGAACAGAAAGAGAGGAGGAGGAGGAAGAUGAAGAGGAGGAGGAAGAGGAGGAGGAUGAAGAGGAGGAGGAAGAGGAGGAGGAUGAAGAGGAGGAUGAAGAGGAGGAGGAUGAAGAGGAGGAUGAAGAGGAGGAGGAUGAAGAGGAGGAGGAGGAGGACGAGUGGGAGGAGCGUCGGCCGUUGGAGGAGGAUUAAUUGGACGCUGCAGGUUAUUGGCUGAACGAAGCUGCAGAAGAAGAAGAGCAGCGAGCAGAAAGCUGCAUCCUCCUCUCACAUCCCAUCAUACGGCACGUCGCCACGGAAACACUGCAUCCACUCUGUCACAGGGAAUAAAAGCAGCAGGAAGAGAAAGAGGAGGAGGACUGUAGAACUGGAGAUUUGGAGGACUGGAGGACUGGAGGGAGGCUGCCGGGGAUCUGAGCCCAGCGGAGCUUCACCUUCUGGGGGACGAGCAGCAGCUGGACCCUGCAGGGAAACAUCUGGAAGCUUCACACAUCUGGAAAAGAGUCCAGCAGUGAAACUGAUCGGAUGGAAACGGCAGCAGGAGGAUUUCUGAGGGUUUCUUCAGAGAACAAACGUUAGAAACCUUCACCUGUUUGGAUUAUCAGACCUGUGGAUGCAGCUUCACACACGAUUCUUUGAGGAUUUAGUGGUUUUUAAGGUUUUCUUUCUUUUCUGGGAUCCUGAAGUUUCCUCCAAAUCUCAGCCCUGACCCUCGUUUUCCUCCCGCUUUGUAGUUUUAUCUUCUAGUUUCUGGUUUAAAUCAGCAGAAAAAAGCUGCAUAGAAGCUUCAAAAAGGCGAAAUUUACUGAAAUAUCACUGAAAAAUCAGCCUUUCUGUAGCCGUUUAAGCUGCAUGUCGCCAUAUUUUAAUAUUGAAUCCACCACUAAAAGAGAAUUUAUCCAUUUUAUUCAGAAACAAAAAGAAAAAAAGGACAAUUUGGCCUGAAAUAUUUCAUUAUUUACACUCAGAAGUCUCUUACUCUGAAUAUGUUAGCUGCAUCCUUUUUAAUCUACACUUUGGAUUAUUAAAGUUUUCUUCAACACUUUAAAAGAAAUUAACAAAAUUAUUGUAAACCAAGAGAGAAAACUACAUUUAGUCCAAAAUCUCACAUAUUUAGGGCUGAAAAAUCACAUUUCCUGCUUUCUUCAGUCAUUUAAUCUUCAAGUUUACUCAUUUUUAAAAGUAUUUCUCAUGUUUUUUCACUUUUCUGAGGAAAUUUAUCAAAUUUAUUCAAAAGAACAAAAGAGAAAAGAAGAGUUUGGUCUUAAAUGUUGCCUCAGUUCAGCUCAGAAUUCACUCACACUGAUCCUUUCAGCUGCUGUUUGUAAAUCUUAUCCUCAUUUCUCUCAGAGAAAAUACAAAAUUUACUGAAAACCAAAAGAGAAAAACUACAUUUUGUCCACAGUUAUGAGAGAAUUUAUCAAAUUUAGCUGAAAAUCAAAGGAGAAAAGAACAGUUUUUGGUCAUUUUGGCUGAAAAUCGCUCAUUUUAGUGACUUGAUGCAGAAUUUUUUAAUCCACAGUUUGAAUUUAUGAAGUUUUAUUCAUCACUCUGAGAGAAUUUAUUAAACUUGAAAGCCGAGAGAGAAAAACUAGAUUUGACCUCAAAAUCACAAAAAAAAAUAGAGAAAAGAACAAUUUGCUUGUAAAUAUUAAAUCACCAUUUUAGCUGCAAACUGCAUCAUUUUUAACCCACAUUUUGAAUUUAUGAAGUUUUAUCCAUCACACUUAGAGAAGUUGUUAAAUUCACUGAAAACCGAGGAAAUACUUUGAUGUUUUUGGCUGAAAAAUCGCCUUUUUCUUGCUUAUCUUUGGUCCUUUCAGCUGCAAACCUCCAACAAACUGAUUUAUUUGUGUUUUAAAACUUAAACUGGUUGAUAUUUUAAUAAUUCUUCAUUUCUUAAACUGGUUUGAGCUUCAGAGUCGCAGAUUUAGUGGAAAACCGGACAAAUCUGAGGCGUAAAAUCUGACGUUAGCUGCAGAGAUUCUGUUCUGAAAAACUCCAACAAACUGAAGCGAAACCGAACCGGAGAGCAGAAAUUUAAAAUAAGAUUUAAAAUAAUCCUGAAGAAAAAGUCUGAGAGAAAGGGAAUGAAAGUCUAAAACAGAAGUUUAUGGUGAAAUAGAAAGAAAAUCGGAGACAGACACUGAUAGAAAAGAUUCAAAAACCUAAAACUGACCAUUUCACAGAAAACUCCGUGAUAAACUUUAAAACACUUUCAGGCUCAAAAACACGUUUUAGUCGAUUCUGCUCAAAGUUUUAUCCCUUUAUCGUCACAUUUAGCUGCUAAAAGUCGAUUAAAACACGAAGCACAAACUUUUUAUGACAGUUUCUUUGCUGUAAAACAUUAAACGCUUUAAAAAAAACCCGUCAAAGCACAAAUUAGGAGCAAAAAUCCUUCAAACAGCUGCUAGAAUUUAUUAAAAUAAGUCAAAAGCACAAAACAAACUGUCAAAUAAAAACUCUUCUGUUAGAUAAAUUAUUAAACGGUUAUAAAAGUUAUAAUAAAAGAUACAUUUUGGGGAAAUUAGUUCAAAUAGGAGCUAAAAUUUGCUAAAACUUGUUCAAAAACACGAAGCACAAACAGUGUUUUUCUCAAUUUCUUUGCGGUAAAACAUUAAACGCUUAAAAAAAAAACACCCGUCAAAGCACAAAUUAGGAGCAAAAAUCCUUCAAACAGCUGCUAGAAUUUAUUAAAAUUAGUCAAAAGCACAAAACAAGCCGUCGAAUAAAAACUCUUCUGUCAGAUAAAUUAUUAAACGAUUAUAAAAGUGAUAAUAAAUGAGCUAAAAUGUGUCCAAUAAAUGAAGCACAAACUGUUUUUAUCUCAAAUAAAAACUGAACAUUUAAUGUAGUUUGUUAGUAGAUCUUAAAAUCACAUUUCAAAGUUCGGUUUAAGGUAAAAAUUUAUUCCAACAGCAGCUAAAAUAUCAUCAAAUCGUUUCAGAACUGAAACUCAGAUUGCUUAAUUCUAAAAUAAAAACUCAUUUUUGAAGGAAUUUGCUGCAUGGUUGAAAAAAAAACAUUUUAAAAGAACAAAUUUGAGGCAUUUAGCUUCUAAAAUUUACCCAAAACACAAAGUACAUGGUUUUUUAUGUAGAAUAGAAAGUCUGAACCACAUUUUAAAACACAAAUUAAAGGAAAGUUGCUGGAAAAUUCUACAACUUUUUUUUAAAAUCUCAAAUAAAAAUGACAAAUUCACAUUUUGAAAUAGAAAUUAUUGGAAAGAAUCUCAUUAAACUGAUAUUUUGGUGAUAAAAUAUUCUCAUAUGAGUCAAAAUCUAACAGUUUUUAUCUCAAAUAAAGCAUUUUUUAAAUUAGCUGAUUAUAAAAUCACCGUUUAAAGCACAAAUUAGGAGAAACUUUUUUUAUACAGACUAAAAAAUACAAAAUUUACCCAAAACAUGAACUAAAGGCAGGUUUGGAUUUAUAAUAUAAAGUCUAAUUUAAGAAAAAUUGGUGUAAAAUAUUCUCAAAUUUGUGACAAAGUCGCUUUUCAGCUUUUUAAGGAACUGUUUUGUAAAUUAAUUUGAUAUAUGAUUAGAAAUUCACAUUUUAAGAGAAAAAAAUUGACAAAAAAUCAAUUUAAUUUUUUAUUUUGAUGCUAAAAUAUCCUCAGAUUGGUCAAAACCUGAAGCACAAACUGUUUUCUAUCUCAAAUACAACAUUUUUUCACAUUAAAUUAUUAUAAAAUUACGGUUUAAAGCACAAAAUAGGAGAAACUUUCUGCAAAUUUACCCAAAACAUAAAAAAGAAACUGUUUUUAUUUAUAAUAUAAAAUGUAAAUCACAUUUUAAAGCCGAAAUUUAAAGAAAAUUGUUGUAAAGUUUAAUGAAACUAGUCAAAUACUGAAGCACAACUUUUAUUAUCUUAAAUAAAACAAUAGAAAUUCUAAAGUAGAAAUAAACUUAAAAUCCCUUUUACCUGGUAUUUUGGUGCUAAAAUGUCCUCAGAUUAGUCAAAAAAAUUGAAGCACAAACAGUUUUAUUCUCAGAUAAAACAUUUUUUUCUGAUGAAAUUAUUAUAAAAUUACAGUUUAAAGCACAAAUUAGAGGAAAGUUUCUUUAAAAUCAGGUAUUUUUCUGGUUAAUUUUUAAGUUAAACUUCAGUUUUCAGGUACAGUUCUGUGACUUUAAAGCACAAAGCAAACAGCAGCAGCUGAUCUUUAACAUUUAAAAUAAACUAAAGCAUUUAUCUGGAUUUUAAAUACUAAAUGUUUGCAUUUAUUAGUGAUUGUUGAAAAUUAUAGCUGAAAAUAAUCCGUCUUAUUCAGGGAAAUACACUAAAUAUCAACAUUUUAGCCUCAAAAAAGUUGAGUUGAGAGAAAUAUUUUGUGUUUUUGGCUGAAAAAUCUUUCUUCUGCCUUUUAAUCUGCACAUUUCCUCCCUUUUAAAGGUAUUUCUGAUAUUUUUUCCACCAUUCUGAGAGAAUUUAUCAGAUUUAACACAUGAGAACCAGACCAUUUGGUCCUAAAUACUUUAUAAUUUUAGCUGAAAAGUGUUCUCUUCUUUCCUUUUGUUGCUCUUUUUAGCUGCUUGUUGCAUUCCUUUUUAAUCUAAACUUUAAAUUUAUGAAGUUUGAUCCGUCACGCUGAGAGAAACUAGAAAAUGUUGCACAUUUAUAGCUGAAAAAUCACCUUUUUCCUGCUAUUCUUUGGUCGUUUGAACUGCAAACCUCCAACAAACUGAUUUAUCUGAGUUUAAAACUGCUUAAUCUUGUUUAUAUUUGACUCAUUUCUCAACAUCAAGACACGUUUGAGCUGCAGGGAUGUAAAUGAAGUGAAAAACCUGCUAAAUCUGACAAAGUUUUGCUGCAGAACUGAGCUGUUGCUAAAGCUAGCGCGGCUAAAGCUAGCGUGGCUAAGGCUAGCGUGGCUAAGGCUAACGCGGCUAAAACUAGCGCGACAGCUGGCAGCAUCACACUCCUACCUGAAUUUGUUGAACUGAAUUUGUUCUAAAAGCUGCAGGACUCCGUUGUCUUUGUCUCUGCUGCAUCUUUUUGUGCUCGUCUUUGUUUUAAACCCUCAGAAACACAGAAGGUUUUUAUUCUUUCGUCUCUGGAACAGAAGAAGAACUCGUCUGGACUCUCAGCUGGAGGUUUUUCAUCACUUUUCAAACACAAACUGAGGCGAUAAAAGCAGCACAUCUGUAUGCUUUAAAGCACAUCUGGAGGGUUUUUAGAAGAAGUUUGUGGAGUUUUCUCACGUUUUUUUGAGGACGCCACUGGAUUAAACGCCGAUAAAUGCAGCAGAAGAAGUUUAAAAAGCUGCUCUGAUGUUCUGAAGCAUGUGGCCUAAAAUCUGAAUGAAACUUUACAUUUAGUUUGGAAUAAAAGCUCGACCUGAGGACGUCUCCGGAUGUUCAGGUUUCUAUGACGGAGCUGCAGAAAUAAAAGCUGAACAAAGCUCAGAGCGACCAUGGGCUGCAACAUGUGUGUGGUGAAGCGACCGGAGGAGCAGCACCGGAUCACGUUCCAGCAGAAAGGAUGGAGCAGCUCUCUGCGGCCGAUGGACCGACAUGGACCC